AUGGCGACUUGUUGGCAUCCGGCCGGAGCUGUGCGUGCUCUCGUCUAUUUGGUUCUCCUAUACCAGCACUGGCCUAGUUUGGACAAGCUGCGCUGGUCUACAUGGCCAUACGAGAUCACAGGGCGAUAUGCAGGGGGAUUCUGCCUAGUCUUGAUUGCGCGCUACGCAGGAGGAGGAUUGGCAGGUCUGACAAAAGAGCUUCAUGGCUUGGGCAAGGACGCCUUUGGCAUUCUCGCGACAGUGAAAGUCCUGUAUCUCUCUCCCGUCACGGGGCGUGAGCUUUGCGUGGAGGCCAUCUUGAAAGUCUGUUUGCUCCAGGACUACGUGAGGUAUGGACCCUUCGGGACCGUGUCUGGAUUUAUGUUUCACGUGCCUUUCGCUGUCGGUUGCCAACUCUGGGCACACUUUGUGCAUCGUUCGGAACACUUCAAGCCACAGCUGGAAGACGCGGAGUGGUGGGGUAUUGUCUCAAUCGAAAUUCCGUUGUGUGCGCUGGUUUUCAUGAUCUUCUUCUGGAUGGCAGUGUUUGCAGCGAACGUGCUUCACCGAUACUUUUCCCACAGAUGUUUUCAGACAUCCCGCCUUUGCAGCUUUCUGUUGGGAGCCUUCUCUUGCAUGGCGAGUGGGAUGAGGCCUCUGCACUACUCAGCCCUGCAUCGACGGCACCACAGGUUCUGUGAUCAAGAAGGCGAUCCACACUCGCCAUACCAGAAGGGCUUUUUCUACGCCUAUGUCUUCUGUUAUGCAGACAGAGACAACCUCGAGAUUCGGCCAGCUUUCGUGCGAGACUGGUUGUUGAAGAAUCCCGAGCUGCUGCUGCUUGAGUUGUACGGCGGGUACGUAAAAGCUUUGUUGCGCCGCAAGCUUCUCCACAGACUUGUGUAUGCGCUCAGCCCCGUGUGGUUGCAACCUUUCCCUUUGGAUGUCCAUCCCAUGACCAUGGCUGCUGACCUGGGAGAAGCCCUCGCUAUUAACUUGGUAAGUGCAUUCAAUGGCUUCUCGCACGAGAUUGGAUGGGGCGUCCCGGACACUGACAGAUGCUCUCGUGCCAACACAUGCAAAGGGAAGGAUAUGCCCGGCUUCGUGCUGAUUGGAGGAGGUGAGGCCUAUCACAAGGAGCACCACAAGUUUCCCAACCAUGCAGUCUACGGCCCCUGGUAUUUGGAUUGGUCCUUCUGCGCUUACGUAGCCAUGGAGAAGUGCUGCUUGGUUUGGGACUUGCAAAGACCUGCCGCGAUGGAACAAAGAGUCUUUGCAGCUUUGCGCAAACAUCCUAUUCCACGGCAUGAUGCAUACUUGCAGAGAUCUUGGGUCAAUGAAAUUUGCAUGCAUAAGCCAUAA